AAAAUAAGUGAUGGCAUUUCGGUUCAACUUUCCGAAUCCAGAUAGCUCUAACGACGACGACAACGAAGAAGAUAUUUCAGGUAAAGUUGAUGAUACAAAUCAGGAGCAAAAAUUCUCCACCAAGGAAGAUGGUAAAGAAAUAUUUUUAAAGGAUCAUGAUAUUGAUCUGCCAGAAGACGUGACAGCCACUAUACACACCUUCAAUGAUGUUGAGGUUCAUUGUUACAACAGUGAGUCUGUAGAGGAAUACCUAUGUAGGAACAGACCACAAACAUCUAACUUUGUAACAGCAGUGUCUGCCCAUUCGGAUUUGGUCCCAGAUAAAUAUGAAGGAGGCCUUACCGUGUGGGAAUGCUCCCUGGACCUGGCUGAAUACUUGUCCUAUAAUAAGUCACUGGUUCAGGAUAAAACUGUGCUCGAGCUUGGCUGUGGAGCCGGUAUUCCUGGUCUUUGUGCUAUGCAGUGUGGUGCUUCAGAAGUUCAUUUCCAAGAUUAUAAUUCUGAGGUUUUAGAAUACUUUACAAUCCAAAAUGUCCACCUACACGAGUCCUGUUGUCAGUGUCGUUUCUUCUCUGGAGAUUGGUCUUACUUUCAAGAAAUUGCAAGACAGCAGAAGUAUGAUGUGAUGUUGUCAGCAGAAACAAUUUACAAUCCUGAUAACUACAGAAGUCUUCAUGCUGUAUUUAAACAAUGUUUAUCAAAAGAUGGGGUGAUAUAUCUGGCAGCCAAAUCACACUACUUUGGUGUUGGUGGAGGGGUGCAUUUGUUUGAGGACUUUAUCAGAAAAGAGGGAAGUUUUCAUAUAGAAAUGUUGCAAUCCACUAGUACAGAAGUUCCACGAGUAAUAUUAAGACUGACAUGGAGACAGUGUGAAACAUGAAUCUAUCCUGUUUUUGCCCUUGGUAAAAUCUGUAUUGAAUGAAUAAAAAGGAAAAAAUUGUGA